AUGUCAGACAGCCUGCCUACCAUCAGUGCUGAUCAGCUGACAAAGGCUGUCUGUCUUGCUGCUGCUGGAACACUCUCUGCUCUUGAGACUGAUGGGGAGAAUGAAGCUGUUUUUGAGUGGCAGAACUACAAAACCAUUGACACAGUGAAGCCAGACACAAGGCAUUCCUCCCUGAAAUGCCUAGAGACACUGUCAACAUCAGUUUCCUCUGGUCUCGGCAGAUUAAAUCAUUUACACUUAGAUAAGCCAUGUCCUGUGUAUUCUACUAGAAGUCUCAAGUCAAACGCAAAACAGAGUUCUAAAAAUGAAAAAUCUUCUUCCUCUGUUACUAAGGUGUAUUCUAGUCGCAAAAAUUAUAAAUUAAUGCCUCCCUUAAUUCCAAGUGAAGUUCGAACAGACUUAAAGAAGCCAGCUCAAAAGUUGGUACAACAGCGACAGUUGGUGACCCUAAGUCAUGUACAUAGUUCACCAGAGUUUAAGUCCUUUCCUGUGAGACCAGCAUCUUAUGCCACUAAUUACGUGUUUGUGAGAACAGCUCAUAUUGUUCCUUCAGUUCCAGGAGGAGAAGCUGCAGUGUCAUCUGUUGCAAGUCCAUCUACAUCAUCUGUUUCUUCCUCACCAACUACAGCUUCUUGUGUGAAAAAUGUUAACUUCCCAGUUUCAGAAUCUUCAGUCACCACAACUGCUUCUGCUGCAAAACUGCCCAUUGGGACACCAGUAUUGCUUCCAUUUUCUCAGAUGGAGCAGGGAUUCCAGAGCACACCCUCGCUGUCACUGACCUUGACUGCACACAAUGAUAUUAAACACCCAGCAAGGCUUGUGCCAUCAACAAAACUCCAGCCAUUGUUCCGACUCCCUUUCCCUGUCAGUAAUAUUAACUCCAAUGUGGUAGUAAAGGCAGUAACACUUUCUAACGAAGCCAACACCUUGAAUCAAGUCAAAGAGAAUCUUUGUGUAGAUGCAGCAAACUCUCAUUCAGAAUCUCAGACAAUUCUCAUAGACAGUGAAACAGCCAGUUUGUCUGAUAGUGUUUUAAAGCAGCAAGUUCUGUCAACAGACAGCUCUUCGAAGCCAGUCGUUUGCUCCAUAAAACAAAACAUAGUCCCAGUGUCAGCUCCAGCUUCUGAACUUUCUUUGCUGACAUCAUUUCCUUCACCUAUCAUAGUCACGGCAAAGCUGAGUCAUGGAUCAACACUGACUGUUGAUUCUAAGCCUUUUCCAUCGACAGUCAGUACAAAGUCUUCACACCUUGGCGCUCACACUGCAAUAAUUCCACAACCAGGGUCAGUGACCUCAGCCUCUAGCAGUACAACCAGUCCUGAUGACACAAAAAGCUCUGGUUCAGUAAUGAGUCCUAGCCGUCAUCUUUCCCCUGUCACAGAUGGUAGUUCACUUCAGACAUUUGAUACACCAAGGUUAAAGUCACCAGUUAUUUUAAGUCACUUAGUAAAAUCCAUAAACAAACAGCACAUAGCCACACAAGCCAGUGUUGUGAGGUUGACCAGCUCUCACUUAGGGCAUACUAAACCACUGAAUCGAGGUGUUAUAUCAAAGGGGCAAGCACUUGUAAACAAGAAAUGCAAUUCUAACCGUAGCAAUGACAGGAUGGAUAAUGUCAGUGAGGAUCACUGUAUGGAUGUUCAGGAUAGCAUGCAUUGUAUUACAGCCAUCAGUUUAGCAGAUAAUCAGAUGACUAGUUUGGUUCCCCAUCCUGCUUCUCAAGUUGAAGAACCUCAUUUGACCAGGGCAAACACUGCCAGAUUAAGCACUUCUGACAGAUCCAAGUAUCUGAUAGAGGCUAACAAGUCAGUCAAGAGAGAUUGUAAAGGCCCCAAGCAGAAAAGGUCAAGAACAAUGCAACCCAGACUUUGUCCUUUAAUACCAGUUUCUCCAAAAUCAUCUGAGCGUAUUGAUUCACAAGCAACAACUGUAAAGGCCACCACUACAGCACUGCUCAGCACUUCCCUGGCAACCCCUUUCAGCAUUGCUGUAUCCAGAGAGACCAACACAAUUUUCACACCAAAUUUGCACUCAAUACCUAGUACCCCUCAGUUUACACCAGCGGGAAAUGUUUCACCUGCGUCAUCAUGCAUGUCCAAAACAGAGAGUGAAGACCAGCAAAAUAACGGUAGCGCAGUCAACAUGACAACUUUCUCGACCCAACAUCAUUCCCUGACAGUGCUCGCAGUUCCACACAAGCUUCAGCAGAUCCAGAAACCAUCAAAUGAACAGAAUAUUCAGUUGACCUCAAAAUUUACAUCAACAGGUUCAUGGCCGCCUACGCCACCAUCAGACUUGUAUAUUAAAGACGUAAAUGCUUUCCCUUGUACGGUGUCUUCCCAAGUGACCUUGCCCAGAGCCCCAUCAGUGGGCAUACCUCUCUUGCCAUCACCAAAAGAACCAUCAGUCGCACCACAGUCUACUAGUGAUAUGUCUGUACCUUUGUCAAAAGAAGUUGCAGCUGCUGCCAUGGUAUCAUUGUCUACAAUGUGUGAUUUCUCGGACUCCGAAAAUACAGCUAAAAUAUCUUCCAAAGGCUGUUUUGGUCCCAACCAGCAGAUUAUAAACUCAUCAGGCUGUGCUCAACCAACACAAGCAUACCCUCCGUUCCUAAUCCAUUCAUCAGACAAAUCCAAGUUGGUUAUAUCUCCAGCAGGCAUCGAGCAUUUGCAGUCGCUGCUUCGAAAACAAGGAAUUUCUGAAGGAUACUUCAUCAUCACUUCACCGAGAACUCCAUCGUCACAAACAGAUAGAAAACCUCUCCCCGCCGAACCAAAUGCAAAUAUAUCCCUAUCUGAAAGUCCUCAUAAUAGCAGGAAUAACUUGUUUACCAAGAAGGCAGCACAAGCUUCUGUGUCAGUUUCUUCUGAGAAAUAUCAAACAAGCAGUCUUCCGGUGUCAACAUUUGUUAGGACAUUUGACUCAAAAAAAGUACAUACUCAGAGUCAUAGUGUUGAGGUUCAUGGAAGAGAUGAUGGCUUGGUAGACAAAGAGGAGAGUCUAGAUUUAGAGAGUGAUGAAAGUGACAAUGAACAUUGCUCAUCUUCAGAUUCAAGAUCUAGUUCUGCGGCUCUUGUUAUUGAAACUGGCGAGGAGGAUGAUAAAAUAGAAAUGGAUAGACAGGGUAGUGAUUUGUCUCCUAGGGAAAAUGAUGAGGCGGUUAGAGAAGACAUCUUUACCAGUGAAUCAAAUGAGAUCAAAACAGCUUCAGAUGAGAGCUCCACAGCUCAACGCAGUCUUCCAAAACUGACUCAAGACACAGCUUGGGAAAGUGAAAGCAUGCACACUGAAGAUACCAGGCAAUGCAUCCCUCAGAGUCCACUGUCUCUUAGUGAUCUAGUCAGACAGCAGCAGAACAGGCCAGGGUUUUCUAGACAUCUUGAAUAUACUUUCCUGACAUCACCAGAAAACAAGAUGAAAGAAGCAGCCAGAAGAAUUGAUUCAGAAUCACCAAGACCUCCUUCUACAGAAAGUCAUGAUUUUCAGUUCCCAGUACCUUUAUGUCCUGCAUCAACCUUCAGCAUGGCUUCUCAGCAUCACCACCAUCAUUCAGGCAGUGAUAUACAGCCCAGUUUCCAGCAAAAUAUGUUUGUGUCAGCCCCCUCAUUUUCAACAGAUCUCUCAUUCGACAGUGGUGUUCAGGAGAAUCCUCCAGACACAUCACCAAAGCUCCUGCCAAGCUCAGUUAAUGCGCCCAGCCCCAAAUCUCCUCUGUCUGUAUCUUCCAGCCAGAACUUGGACCAGAAUGCACCUCUGAACCCUCCAAUGACACCAAAUACAAUGCUUAUAAAUCUCCUAAACAGAGUCCCUACUCCUUUCCUCACAAACCCCCAAGAGAUAUUAUCUAUACCAGCAUCUCAGGAAAGCGCUGUUCAAGAAUCAGACAGUGCAGCUUGUUUUGAAAUAACUGACAGUAAAGAUGGUAAUGGAAUGUAUUCAACAAAGAAUCUUGGCUUCCCUUCAGGACAGUCUCACACACAGCUGGAUGGAACUGGAGGUGCAGGCGAUGGCCUUUUGUACACUGAAAGUUCAACAAGUCUUUCCAAUACUACAGCAAAUUAUGCUGCAGCACACAAUGCCCUCGAGCUAAUUGCCUCCAACUAUUCACCGAACAGCACAAGACACAAUGUACUCUCUCAUGACAUGAGCAGUUCUCGGCUGCCAUCCAGUUUUUCAAUGAAUAAUUCCAAGUCUUUCAACCAUUCUUCCUAUACCCAUUGCAAUGUUUCCGGUGAAUCCCAACCUUUACAUUUUUCUGGAAGCUUUCAACAGGAAACGGAGAAUGGUGAUGUUUGUAAUGUUUUCCACUGCAAAUCUUGCCCAGGUCCCUUGCUGGUAACUGUAAACCUAGAGCCUGAGAUGGCCAGCAGGGAACAGAAGGCAGCUGAAAGCUUGCUGGGAAACUAUGAGCAUACACACAUGUUUGACCCAUCUUUAAGUCUGCAGGAACAUGGUUGUAAUGGGGGCCGAUCAGAGGUCUCUAGAAUGGGGCCGGAGAAGUCUAGAGACACAGACAUUCUGCGACAUUUGAUACUGAAUACCAGCAGCUCUUCCCUACAUACCCUGCAGCCAGUUCAGAACCUACGGAGUCAGUAUAGCAACUCUGCCUCAACUUACAAUAUGCCCCAGACUCAUCAUGCCCAGGACACUCAGUUUGAGUGCAGGGUAGAGUCCUUUCUGGAGCCAGAAAAUCAGCACAAACCUUUGUCUGCAGGUGAAAUCAACCAAAGCAGCACUUUUAGUUCACAAGAUGAGAGCUUCUUGCACGUCAACCAUGUACAUACACGACCAUCACCCUCAUAUGACAACUCCAGCACUUCGUUCCAAGCCGCACAUCAUCAGUCUUACGAAAACACUGCCAGCGGUUCAUUUGAUAACAGAAACAGCUCAUCUUUAAGCAGUCAGACUGAUGCUUCUUACAUUAUGCAGAGAGAUAUGACAAAUGAAGCACCAUUUGGUGUGCAAAACAUGACAAAGAACAACAUGGCAAUGCCCCAUGAUUUCUUGGAAUCUGGCAAUCGGCUACAGCACCUUGCACCAUUUAGAACAAACCACCAAACCGAACUGUUUUAUCAGCAUUCAGAUCAGUCAGAACUCCAUCAACACCAUUAUGACACAGCUAACCAGCAUCAGGGUCUUGAAUAUCAUCUGGACAGUCUGCCAUCUUCUCACCCGCCACACCACCAGUUCUCUGCAUCACUACCACACCAAGACUCCACCAGAAUGUACUCAGACCAAGUGGGCAAUGAGUAUAUGAGUGGCCAGUACCAGUCUCAAUACUAUGAUGGUGGAAGUGUGGCAUCCAACCUUCCUAUGUUUCCUCAGCAGUGUGUUGUUGGAUCUGAAGCCCCUGCUAUAGGCAGCGCAGCAGAACACCCUUGUAACAUCCCAUUCAGCACUGCUCCAAGUGAGCUACAGUUAGGAUUCCGCUUUCCAUCAGAUGAUGAGGAUGGGAACAACAUAGAGAAACAGCCGGUGUUGCCUAGCGUGUCCUUCUCACCUCCCAGUGUGGCAGACCAGGCAGCCACUCCUGAUCCAGGAGGGAUGAGCAUGUACCAGGGAAGCUUUCCCAACAUCAGCAUGUAUGAUAUGUACAUGCGAGGAGGUAAUGGUGAUGCUAGAGGAGUGACCAGUGACACAGUACAAGAAUCUGGAAACUUCUGUGUGGAGUGUAACAUAAUGUACAAGUCACAGUGCAAGUUCCACCCCUGUGAUUAUGUCUACAUUACCGACACACCAAUCUUGUCACAUGCCAGGCUGACUUUACCCUCAUGCCUGAAGCUAGGAACCUCAUCCGUUGUUGGGCAUAUCAACAACACAGGUGUGUUUGCAAAAGAGAAGAUUGCACUGAGAACAAAGUUUGGACCUUUAAUUGGCUCCCCAGUAUCAUGUGACAAGUUAAGCUCAACAAGAAGCUUCUCACUGUGGCAGACUUUCAUUGGGACCAACGUGAAAGUGGUGGACACAAACGAUGAGAAUUCAUCAAACUGGCUUAUGUUUGUGAAACCUGCCAGAGUGUCAUUGGAACAGAACUUGGUUGCCUUUCAACAUGGGACUAGUGUCUACUUUGUCACUCGUGCAGACAUAGAGCCAGGACAAGAGCUACUCUAUUGGUUUUCCAAGGACUAUUCUCACAUGCUAGGUAUGACAUCGAAAUCAAAGAACUCUCUUCACCAACUCUGUCCUCACUGCCCCGUCUGCAAGCAAGUCUUCCCGGACAGGAAACAG